AUGGGCUCCCUAAGCGACUCGGUCAAAACGGUGGGCUACAUCGGGCUCGGCAAGGCCGGGGCCUCGAUGGCCUCCAACAUCCCCAGGGCGGGCUUCCAGAUGAUCGUGCGGGACGCGGACCCCGAGCGAGAGAAGACCUUUGCCCAGCAGAACAAGAACACCACAGUCGCGGCGCCGGGGGCUGAGGGCUUCAAGGACGUCGACGUGCUGGUCACGAUGUUGCCGCAAGGGAAAGUCGUCCGCGAAGUCGUGCUGGGCGAGAAUGGCAUCGCGAAGGCGUUGAAGCGAGGGACAGUCAUAAUCGACACGUCCUCGUCGUCGCCCUACGACACACAAUCCCUAGGCCGUGAUCUGGCCGAAUUGGGUCUGCACCUCGUCGACUCGCCCGUCACGCAAGCCCACCUGCACGACACCGACACGGGCGACGCCACGCUGAUGGUCGGGUCGGACAGCAAGGACGCCAUCGAUCGGGCGCUCCCCGUGCUGCAGGCCAUGGCCAAGUACGUGUUCGUCAUGGGCGGGCUGGGCGCGGGCCACGUCAUGAAGACGCUCAACAACUACACGUCGGCGGCGUCGAUCGUGGCCCUCUCGGACGCCCUGGUCACGGGCCAGAAGUUCGGCCUCGACCCCGUGCAGAUGAUUGACGUCUUGAACGUGGGCACGGGCCGCAACUUUUCCACCACGGACAGCUAUGCCACGGAUGCGCUGCCCAGGCGGUAUGCGUCGGGGUUCCAGCUCGCGCUGUUGAUCAAGGACAUUGGUAUUGCCAAGGAGGUGUUUGAGCGGACGGGCUUCAAGACUGAUCUGCCGGACUUGAUCAUCAGGGAUUUCAAGGACGCGGCGUCCAUCUUGGCCCCGACGGCCGACCAUACAGAGUUGUUGAAGCGGUGGGAGGAGAGGGCCGGCGUGACGUUGAACACGGGCGAGCCCACCGGCAAAACGGUGACGGCGAUGAAGAAGUGA